UCGGAGUAGAUGAAACCCGAAAAGGGGGGAGCUCGCUCAUACAAGAGACAUGAAGAUGAAAAACAAUUAACCACAAAAAGUCACGAUGCCCCGUUCCCAAAUGCUGUACCUAUAAAUGCAGGCUCAAAAUGUAUGAAUCCCAAAAGAAAACAAUCAAAGAUGGGGGGGAAAGUUACAAGAAAGUAAUGUAUAGAUGCAGGGGUUGAACAUAUGAGACGGUCGGUGAUCAUCGUGGAAUAUGAACUCGAUGGAGGAAGGGGAGGAGGGAGGGGGGAGGGGAAGAGAGCAAUGCACUCAGUGUGCAGCGACGGCGGCUUUGAAGAAGCCUUUCAUCUUCGAAGCCCCGCUCGGAGGAGGCGUGGGGUCCCGGCGGUGUCUGUGAUGGCGAUGGCGAGACGACUCGGUGCUAUCGCGCUGCUCGCCCGUCUUCGCGGCGGGAGGACUCGGUGGAGCGCUCACUCGUGCUCUUGCUUUCCUGCGAGGAUCGAUGACUGUGGGAAUGAGUGGUUGAGGGGCGUCGCGAGCGCCCUCAAAGCCCGUUCGCGCUCCGCUUGCUCCUGUCGCUGUGCUCGUUCCGCUCUCUCGCGCCUUUCAGCUCGCUCAGGCUGCUCAGUACGUAAAGUCCGCUCAUGUCGUUCAUGUCGUUCAACGCGCUCAGAUCUCUCAGGCCGUUCAGCCCGUUCUCGUUCAGCGCGUCUUGCACGCUCGCGUUCAUGGGCACGGCGCUCUUUUUCGGCCCUCUCGGCCCUCUCGGCCAAGGCUGCCUUCUGUUUGGCCUUUUCUUCAUGCUGUCGUCGGGCUUCCUUCAUGGAUUCCGCCCAUCGACCAGUAAGACCGCUACCGCGUUGACUGUUCUGCCGCUGCAUUGAUCGAUGUCCUUCGGAUGAGCUCUUGGAGCGGUCUCGGUCUCGAUCCCGCUCCAAAUCGGGAGACCUCUUCUUCUUCCUUCGUGAACUGUGGGCGGCCGCUGCUGCCAACCCUGCCCCUGCCGCUGCCGCACCGGCUGCAGCCAAGGCUUCGUCAUCGUGGUCGGCAGAGUCAAUAUCCUCCGACACAUCCGUAGCCAGGGCCUCUUCGGGGACCCCUCUGUCGACACUUGGCUCUUCUGGGGUAGGCUCAUAUGCAGCAGGCUCCUCAGCAGGAGUAGGUACUUCGGCUGGAGAGCGCUCAAGAAGCU